AGGCGAGAACCACAAGUUUUCAUUGAUGUUUGUGCAUAUUUAUUUAUAUAAAGGCCAAAAAACGGAGCAUUACACUGGAAAAUUGGGUAGGCGAUCGAUGUCGUAGAACUUAAUUACAAACUCUAAGGGCGCAUAAAAUAAUAAUAAUAAUAAAGUGGACAUGAACGAGGAUGAAUACAUGGAUAUAGGUGCGACGACGCUGAUCGUCUCUCCAGAAGGGAAUGGUGUAAGCAGUCGGAUUCAAAAGUCGUCGUCUUAUUACAGUUUGAUGUGCUUACCAGAAAUGGCAUUACAGCCUAGUAUCUCUUCUGAAGUCGACUUAUUAGAUGAUAUUGCCGAACCUCAAUCUCAACCUCAACCUCAACCUCAACCUACACCACAACAACCCCUUGGAAAAGAAAAGCCGUCUCAUGAUGUUGAACAAGAAGAAGAUGCUCAAAGUGGAGUAGAUCUCUUACAUUCACGCCAAGAUGCUGUCAUGAUGAACCGUUGUUGCGCGGAUGACCGAGGUAGUAAUCUGUUCAAACGUAGCCGAACAGCUCAAGUUCAUAACAUAUCUGAGAGGAGACGAAGAGAUAAGAUCAAAGGGAAGAUGACAGCACUUCAAGAACUGAUUCCCCAUUGUAGAAAGAAGGACAGAGCUUCCAUCCUGGAAGAUGCUGUAAACUAUGUGAAAGCUUUACAACUUCAACUAGAGAUGAUGGUAAAGACACGAGAAAGCGAACACCUAGCACGACUUAUGAAUGGUGUUGCAAUGCAAUAUUCUGGUUUGCCGCCCAUAAGACCAUGUAUAGGAACGGGUGUUGGAAUGGCAUAUGGAUGUGCAAGGUGUUCGACUCCAAGUGGGAGAUGGAUUCAUCUUUCUCCAGCUUCAGCUUCAGCUUCAGGUGUACACCCUUUUUCACCCUCACUGCUUCCAGUUUUUCCUUUCCCUGCAAUGUCCCCAACAGCAGUUCGGCCUGCCAACGUAAACUGUACUGGUGAAGCAGAAUCCUGCACUCCGGUGCUGGGGCAGCCUGGCAAAGGUUGUUGAGUACAAC